ACGGUGAGACACAACAACAGAGGCCACGACGAAGGGAGAUGACGGCUCCUCUCUUCUCUUAUUUUGUGAUAUUUUCUCUGUGAUAGCCGGUUAUCUCCCGCCUCUCAGUAUCUCUUCGUGACAAUUGCUGCGAGUAGAUCUUUAAUGGUGUAGUCUGUGCUGUAAGUAACGCUCUGGAGGGCUGCUGUGACUGAUAUCUGGUCAGAGGUGGUGGAUGUCCCUCUGAAAAACGUGGGGGUAAUACGUCAAGGAAAAUAAACCUCGAAGACUGGUGGAAAUGAACGAAAUGUUUUGAAAUACGUUGCUCUCUUGUCGGGGUCAUGAGGAGGAGGAGGAGGUGUGGUCACGUCAGCGGAGGUCGGAGCCAUCACCUCAGUUGGGUCCACUAUGUCAGUCAUGAAACUCGUGCAAUAUUAAGAGCUAUUACCUUGGUCGCCAUCUGAUCGCCAACUUGUCGCCAACUGAUCGUCAAGUGGUCCUCAUCUGGCCCAUUGUAACUUGUUCGCUGUCUGAUCGCCUAUUGGUCGCCAUUUGAUCGCCUACUCUUCGCUAUCUGAUUGCCACAUGUUCGCCGUCUGAUCACUACCUGGUUUCUAACUGAACCACCACCAGGUCACUAACUGAUACGCCAUGUCAGACUCCGAGGACGAGGCUGUGGAGAGGCAGGUGAAGGUGGUGUUGGUGGGGUCUCCUCAGGUGGGCAAGACCUCUCUCGCCCUCAGGUACACUCAAGACACAAUCAACAAGUCUUACCAGGCGUCGAUGGGGGUGGACUUUUAUUUAAAGCGGCUGGUCCUGGGGAAUGAACGUAACGUCAAUGUUCAAAUUUGGGACGUUGCCGGUUCAGCACUGGCCGGCAAGAUGACUGAUAAGUACCUGUACGGAGCCCACGCCAUCAUGUUCGUGUACGACGUGACCAACAGCAACUCCCUAGACACACUGCAGGACUGGGUGACGGCGGUCCGCAGAGCUGCUCGUGCCCAGGAGAGGCCGCCCAUACUGGCUCUGGUGGCUAACAAGGCAGAUCUUGAGCACGCCAGACAGGUGAAAAGUGAACGCCAUCACAGGUUCGCCAACGAACACGGGAUGACGUCUUACGUGGUGUCGGCCAAGACAGGCGAGGGCGUCUCUCUCUCCUUUCAGAAGGUAGCAGCUGAGCUCCUGGGAAUACGGCUGACGAAGGCCGAGCAGGAACAACAGCAGCCGGUAGUGACAGCCGAGAUCUUGACCUUCCAGGAGGCGGCUCUUCCCAAGGUGCCCCAGGCAGCCAGUUCCUCCACCUCGAGCGUGUGUAACCUAAUGUAGCGCCACAUACCGCCCUUAGACACCCUCAAGUACCAUUUCUUUUUGCAAGCCUUCUGUUGGAGGACAGUUGGUCGUACCGUGAAAGAAGACCACCGCAAGCAGAAGGCGAGUGAACGUUUGCCUGUAGCCUCAGGAAGCGAUCUUAGACUCUCUUGAUUCAUAGUUCUGGAAGACAGCGAGAAAGGAUUUUGAAUCACGGUAGUUCUGGGACGAUGAUGUUUUUGUCGAGUGAUCCACAAGGCAAAAGAAAAUGUAGACAGUUAUAAAUGCAUCUGACAGCGAUAGGUUUUAGCUUAGCGUUCUCAAUGACAAAUGAUUUUAACCGAGUGAUCUCAGUGACGGAAGAAAGUCUCUUCAAGUCAAAAUGCUUUAACCAAAAUAUUCUCAGUCAAAAGGCUUUAAUCCAAGUGUUACCAAUUACAUUAGGUUUUAAUUAAGAAUACUCAUUUACAAAAGAAAAAAUGAAAUCAAGUGAUCCCGAUACAAGACUCAGAGGAGGACAAGAAUCUCUGGCAUGACAAUAAGCUUCUUUCAUCAUCACACAUCAAUAACUGUCCAUCAAACUCCACGAGUGAAACCUUCCUUCACCAGAGAACAUUGUUUAUGUGUUGACAUAUAACUAUAGAGGCUCCGGCCGAUGUUAAGUAAUAUUCUCCUCCAUUCAGUUGAGUUUUUGUUUGUGGCAAUAUUUUUCUAUAAAAGACUUUGAAUGCGAGAGUGGAGUUGUUGAAGGUGGAUAUUGUGCUGUUGUUUUGGUUAUAAUUGUGAGAACUGUGGAAACAAUAUUUAUAAAAAGCUUUCACCUUGAGAGAUGAACUUCAGAAAGUAACUUGUGUAUGUAAGUAAUGAAUAAGAAAAAGAUUUUAAAAAGACUCUUACAUUUAAAAUAGAAUUUGAGAAGGUGAAUGAAGUGCUGGUAUUUUGUCUCUCUUUUGCAAUGCUGUUAGUACUCCCGGAGGCAACUUUUUCUUGAGAGUUUAAAUGCGAAAAUUUAGUUUUAGAAGGUUAGGUAAACAACUUUUGGCUUAUUUCUUGCUUAUGCCUUUGAUCAUUAUUGGAACUGGGAGGCCGACGACAUAACUUGCUUACCAUACUUGUUGACUAAAACGCCAGGAUGUUAAAAACGAAGGAGUUUAUUCUCAGUCCUCCAAGUACUGAGUGAUAAAACAUUGUAUAUAAAUGUGUGACAACGUGCCUAAAAUACUUUAUUACGCUUACGGUUACGGCAAAAUUAUGUACAGUCCCCUUCACUAGAGCGUUUACGGGGGCUCGUCACAUAAACAUUCCACAUAUUAUUACAUUGAGAUAUUUGUUUUAAUAUUGUUUUAGUUUGAGUACAUAGUAUGUUUACUAUUGCGAGUUUCCUUCUCUCGAAUGUAAACAAACACAGGGUCUGCACAAAACCCGACGAGUCCCUGUAAACGCACUAGUGAAGAGGACUGUACAUGGAGAACAUGUUUUAAAUCUAAUAAAAGUUGUGUAUUACGUUUAAAAAGAUAAGGCUUAGGACUUGUGACUGAGACGAGAAUAUUGAACAGAACACCGAGAGAUGCGACUUGUUUCUGUUUUGGGAGGACGAGAGUUGAGGGGUAACAGACCUAAACCAGCUUGAAGUGGCCACCCAACCACCCCCUCCAUAAGGCAUGAGUGGUGCGCCGUAACUGAGGUGUGGCCACUGAAGCUAUAUGGCUCCGAAGGCUUCCUGGCCACUAAGCAUCAUGGCCAAGGAUGCUUCGUCUUAGGGCUCAAAUACCACUUCACUUCCCUGCUAAAGUGUUUUCGUUUUCAACUUGAAAUGUAUUGAAUCGUUUAACGUUCUUUAUUAAGUUAUUAUUAUUAUUAUUAUUAUUAUUAUUAUUAUCCAUGACGUCACUACCUGCACAUAACUACUGUGUCAGAUAUUAUUGUAUACAAUAUAAGAAAAUGCCCCCCCCCCCCAACACCCAGACUCUGCUUCCGUGGCCUUACUGUGUUAAGUGCAACACUCCGUCCACUGUAUGCCACUUUCCCGUCACUUCCCUGUCUUAUACACGUCCCUACCAGUGGGAAUAUUGCAAGAACGACGAAUUUUCUAUCGUAUUUUCAUCAUUCUACCCUAACAGUGACGUCAGAGUUUACAGGGAGACCUCUCAGAUGGCCUCUCCUUCUGUGUCGUUUAUGAUUGGCUACUUAUCUAUGACGUCAGUGUCUUAAGGACGGGCCCCCUGUGUGUGUGUGUGUGUGUGUGUGUGUGACGAAGCUUACAUGGUGGCCUUCCCUAUGUGUGUGUAUUAUUGGAAAGAUCAUUUUAUUUGUGUAUUGUUUAUAAAGGUUGAGAGAGAGAGAGAGAGAGAGAGCGCAUAACAUCGUCUUACUAUGCUAUUCAUUUGGAUAUGUAUUAUAUUAUACACUCCCCAGCCCUUUACACCCCUUCGCUACCCUAUCCUCCUCUCCCCACCCUAUACUCACCCCACCCCUACCUAUACUACCCACUCCCUAUCCUCCCCACACUCCUUCAUCACCCCAAAACAUGUGAUAUACGGACCCAUAAACAAUCAUCUACAGAGUUAUUGUCCCAGCAUCUCCAGUAAGGCCUCAGCUCUGUGUACUUCUCACAGCUUUGCACACAGCAGCCAGAACAAUGAGUAGGUGAAGAAGAAGAACUAAAUAAAUGGAUAAACAAUAAAUAAAACUGUAAGACACUUA